UUCUAUAAUGGUUGCAGAUGUGGUUUCUGGUUUUGGGGUUAACCUCGUUACUAUCGAGAUCCGUAUUUGCCGUACAACCAGCAACAGUAGAGCUGUACAAUGGUCACGGAAUCAAAUUCACUAUUCCAGAUGAUGGUAACUAUGACUUUGUCGCUGUUCACUAUUCCAUCAAUCAACCAAUCGCCGGUGUAGGAGCCGGACAGUGGGGCUUUGACGUCCACAACAAGGAAGGAUCUUCUUUCGUCCACACCAAUGAUGUACCUGGUAUCCAAGUCCACAAAGGGGACACUGUCUACUACUGGUUACACGCCCAGAAGGGAGGGACACCCAGUGAGUUACUGGGACAGUCCGCUGUAAUCGGAGACAUGACAACGACUACUAAAGCAACCACCACAACCACCAAAGUCAGACCCGUGGUGACCUCUACCACGACUGCUGCACCCUCUGGUGGCGGAGGUCAUGGUCACAGUUCGGGUCAUUCUGAUGGCAUUUUGACACAAACCAUGAUUGAAACCCAUGCAGGGACAUCGGGGGGACAUUCUUCAGGGGGUAGCUCUGGGGGAUCUUCAGGGGGAUCUCAGCAAGUCUACUCCGGUACAGGAUAUACACAAAAUGGUCCAUCUCAGCAGACGUGCACAUCGUAUCCUUGUCUUAUAUUCGAGGACAACUUUGACUUCUUGAACUUUGAAACCUGGACACAUGAAAUUACUGCCAGUGGAGGUGGGAAUUGGGAGUUCGAGUACUACACGAAUAACCGAACAAACAGCUAUACAAAAGACGGGAAACUAUUUAUCAAGCCU